AUGACACAGGAAUCAGCCUCUGAUCUUCUGUUUGUAGAUGAUUUUUACUCCUCAUUAUUCUUUGAUGAUGUAGCAGAUAAUAUUUUCCCAGCGAAGGAAUCAGCCUCUGAUCUUCUGUUUGUAGAUGAUUUUCCCUCCUCAUUAUUCUUUGAUGAUGUAGCAGAUAAUAUUUACCCAGCGAUGAUCACUACUUCUCAAUUGGCAACAAAAGAAGCCGGAGAGUCAUCGCAUAGCUUCUGCGAUAUUUGCGUGGAGAGGAAAGAUAGUGACCAGAUGUUCAGAAACGAGAGAUGCGUUCACUCUUUUUGUUCUGACUGCAUUACUAAGCAUAUUUCCAUAAAGAUCCAAGAUGGCAUAACCGUUGUUUCUUGCCCCGGAUUGGAAUGCAAGGGUGUCCUAGAACUCGAUGACUGCAGGCUAUUUCUUCCCAAAGACGUGACGGAAAGGUGGGACCAGGUGUUAUGCAGAGCGCUGUUUGCGUCUGAGAUGAUGUUUUACUGUCCUUUCAAGGACUGUUCUGCCAUGUUGGUGAAUGAUAAGGAAGAAGGGGAAGUCAUUAGGCAGUCGGAGUGUCCAUUCUGCCAUAGACUCUUCUGCGCGCAGUGUUGUGUCCCCUGGCAUCCGGGGAUAGAGUGCGAAGAGUUUCAGAGACUCAAUGAGAGUGAGAGAGAAAGAGAGGAUCUCAUGCUGAGGGAGCUUGCUCGGGAGAAGAAAUGGAGGAGGUGUCCCGAUUGCAAAUACUAUGUGGAAAGGACUGAAGGUUGUUUACAUAUGACUUGCAGGUGUACCUUCCAGUUUUGCUAUGGAUGUGGAGCAUCGUGGACUAAAGAUCAUGGUGGUAAUUGCGCGAGAGAUUGA